AAAACCCUCAGGACCCCCCCUGAGCCCCCUCAGGACCCCCCAGGACCCCCCGAGCCCCCUCAGAACCCCAACCAUGUCGGACAGCGAGGACAGCAACUUCUCGGAGGAGGAGAGCGAGCGCAGCAGCGAGGAGGGCGAUGACAACGAGGCCGAGGAGCAGCGCGGGGGGGGCAGCGGGAAGGAGGAGGCGGAGGAGGAGGAGGAGGAGGAAGAGGAGGAAGAAGAGGAAGAGUACGAUGAGGAGGAGGAGGAGGAGGAAGACGAUGACCGGCCGGCCAAGAAGCCGCGGCACGGGGGGUUCAUCCUGGACGAGGCCGACGUGGAUGAUGAGUACGAGGAUGAAGAUCAGUGGGAGGACGGGGCCGAGGACAUCCUGGAGAAAGAGGAGAUCGAAGCGUCCAACAUCGACAACGUGAUGGUGGACGAGGAUCGCUCGGGGGCGCGCCGCCUGCAGAACCUCUGGAGGGACCAGCGGGAGGAGGAGCUGGGCGAGUACUACAUGAAGAAAUACGCCAAGUCCUCGGUGGGGGAGACCGUUUACGGCGGCUCGGACGAGCUCUCCGAUGACAUCACCCAGCAGCAGCUGCUGCCCGGGGUCAAGGACCCCAACCUCUGGACGGUCAAGUGCAAGAUCGGCGAGGAGCGCGCCACGGCCAUCGCCCUGAUGAGGAAAUUCAUCGCCUACCAGUACACCGACACGCCCCUGCAGAUCAAGUCCGUGGUUGCCCCAGAGCAUGUCAGGGGUUACCUGUACGUGGAGGCGUACAAGCAGACGCACGUCAAGCAGGCCAUCGAGGGCGUGGGCAACCUGCGCCUGGGCUACUGGAACCAGCAGAUGGUGCCCAUCAAGGAGAUGACCGACGUGCUCAAGGUGGUCAAGGAGGUGACCAACCUCAAGCCCAAGGCCUGGGUGCGCCUCAAGAGGGGCAUCUACAAGGACGACAUCGCGCAGGUGGAUUACGUGGAGCCCAGCCAGAACCAGAUCUCGCUCAAGAUGAUCCCCAGGAUCGACUUCGACCGCAUCAAAGCGCGGAUGAGCCUGAAGGAUUGGUUCGCCAAGCGUAAGAAAUUCAAGCGGCCGCCGCAGCGCCUCUUCGACGCCGAGAAAAUCCGGUCGCUGGGCGGGGACGUGGCGUCGGACGGCGAUUUCCUGAUCUUCGAGGGGAAUCGCUACAGCCGGAAGGGGUUCCUGUUCAAGAGCUUCGCCAUGUCCGCCGUGAUCACCGAGGGGGUGAAGCCCACCCUGUCCGAGCUGGAGAAGUUCGAGGAUCAGCCCGAGGGCAUCGACCUGGAGGUGGUGACCGAGAGCACGGGCAAGGAGCGCGAGCACAACUUCCAGCCCGGCGACAACGUCGAGGUUUGCGAGGGGGAGCUGAUCAACCUGCAGGGCAAAAUCCUCAGCGUGGACGGCAACAAGAUCACCAUCAUGCCCAAGCACGAGGACCUCAAGGUCUGCAGAACCCCAGAAAAUGUUUAA